AUGGAUUGGACAGAAAUUAAAAAACAAAGUUCUCAGGUAUGUUGCAUUAGCAAUGAAUUGUCACUGGAUGCAUUGUUAAAAGAAUAUAGCGAUGUUUUUGAUCAACCGAUCGGAACUAUCAAGGGUUUUAAAGCCAAGUUAAUGCUUAAGGAAGAUGCUAUUCCUUGUUUUUCUAAACCAUGUACCAUUCCACUUGCAUUGCAAGACAAAGUAGACAAAGAACUUGAAAAAAUGAUAAAAUCCGGUGUCAUUAGUCAUAUUGAAACAUCAAAAUGGGCUUCGCCAUUGGUGAUAGUACCAAAGCCUAAUAGAGCGGUUUGCAUCACAGGAGAUUUCAAACGUACCAUAAAUGAUCAAUUACAUGUUCAGCAAUAUCCCCUUGCAAGAGUUGAUGAAAUACUCGAGAAGGUUUCAGGUGGUCAGACUUUUACUAAAUUGGAUGGUCCAGAUACAUUUCAUCAAGUGGAAGUAGAAGAGUCAUGUAAGAAGUAUUUAGUCAUAAAUACUCAUCGGGGCCUCUAUAGAUAUAACGUGUUACCUCAAGGUAUUGCAUCUUCACCAGCAAUUUUUCAAGAGUUAAUGGAUCAAAUGCUCAAGGGAAUUCCGAUGGCAGGAUCAUUUGUGGACGACACAAUUUCUACUGGGAAAAACGACGAAGCUCAUUUGCAAAAUCUCAGAAUGAUACUCCAACGUAUGAGAGAAUGGAAUUUUCGUCUAUCAAGCGAAAAAUGCAUAUUUAUGCAACAAUCAGUCAAGUUUCUUGGACAAAUUUUGUGUGCAGAAGGUAUCUGUACUGACCCGGAAAAAGUAGAGUCAAUUAUGUCCAUGAGAGAGCCCAGAGAUGUAAAGGAAGUAAAAUCCUUUUUACGUUUAGUAAACUUCUACAGUAAAUCUAUUAAUAACUUACCACAUCUCCGUCAGCCACUGAAAAAAUUAACGCGUGAUGGCGUUGUUUGGAAUUGGAAUAAUCAAUGUAAGGAAAGUUUUAACAGAUUAAAGGAAUCCGUUUCAAGUGCUCCUGUAUUAGUUCAUUAUCAACAGAAUGUUCCUAUUGGCAUAUCAUGUGAUGCAUCAUCUGUCGGUAUUGGAGUAGUUUUAUUUCAUCGUUACGAAGACAGCAGUGAACAACCGAUUUCUUUUGCCUCUAAAACAUUAUUACCUGCCGAACGUGAUUAUUCCCAAGUGGAGAAAAAAGCUCUAAGUAUUGUAUUCGGAGUAAAACACUUUAUUCAAUAUUUAUAUGGACAUCGCUUCAUACUAAUCACAGAUCAUAACCCACUAGUCACAAUAUUUAGUCCAAAUCGUGAACUACCGUCUUUAGCUGAAACUAGAUUACACCGUUGGGCUAUGUUCCUAUCUGGUUUUUUAUAUGAUAUUAAGUAUCGCAAAACUUGUCAUCUUAAUAAUGCUCGUACAUUGUCAUAUCUACCACUCGAUAUAAAUCAGCCAGUAGACAUAGUAGAAGAGGAAAUCGAAGCCAUUAUAAAGGAACACCCAAUAUUUUCAAGCUCAAUAAAACUGAAAACUAUUCUCGAUCCAACAUUGUUAAGUGUUAUUGGUUUGAUUAGAAAAGGUUGGCCACAUAAGCCAUCUCGGCUACCAGAUGAACUGAAACCUUACUUCACUCAUCGAGAUGAAUUAUUAAUAGUACAAGGAAUUGUUAUGUGGGGUACACAAGUCGUUGUUCCUGAAGCGUUGCGUCAACAAAUUUUAGAACAAUUACAUGAGACACAUUCUGGAGUUGGUCGAAUGAUGUCGUUAGCAAGUAAUCAUGUAUGGUGGCCAGGAAUACAUAGAGAUAUCCGUUUAUUUGUAAAAUCUUGUACGUCAUGUGCAGUCAGUCAUGACAACGCAGCACCGCUUCAUCCCUGGUCAUUUUCUGAAAAACCAUGGCAACAUUUACACAUAGAUUUAGCGGGUCCUAUUCUUAACAGUAUGUGGUUAAUAAUUGUAGACGCUUAUAGUAAAUGGCCAGAAAUAUACAAUUUGGAAAACGAUACAUCGUCAGCUCAUGUUAUUCAAUGUAUACGAGAGAGUAUUGCACGUUAUGGUACUCCAGACACUAUAGUUUCUGAUAACGGUCCUCAAUUUCUAUCAAGAGAAUUCGAGGAAUUCUGUAAAAGCAACGGCAUUCGUUACACUAAGUCAAGUGCCUACCAUCUUCGAAGUAAUGAGGAAGUCAAACGAUUUGUUCGAAUGUUCAAAAAUUGUAUGAAACGAAGUACAAAACAUGCACAAUUAGAUAACUCAGAACUGAAUAAACAAGAGAAGCAGCAGCAGCAAUUUAGUAGAAAAGUCUCUGUUCGUCAAUUCAGUAAUGGAGAUAAAGUGUGGGUUCGAACGUUUGGAAAAAAUGACCCAAAAUGGAGUCUUGGUAUCAUUAUAAAAUCUAUUGAUCCAGUAUCAUACAUCGUCCAAGCAGAUGAUCGUACUAUCAAAUAA